AUGUCGAAGACUUUCACUCCCGCCGACGUGGCCUCACACAACAGUGCCGACAAGGGCAUGUACAUCAUCGUCGAUACCGGCGUCUACGAUGUCACCAACUUCGUGGACGAGCACCCGGGCGGCGCGAAGAUCUUGAAGCGCGUCGCAGGCAAGGAUGCGUCGAAGCAAUUCUGGAAGUACCACAAUGAGUCCGUCCUGAAGAAGUACGCACCGAAGUUGAAGAUUGGCGACGUCAAGGAUGCCGCGAAGCUGUGA